AUGUCAGCAGCAUUGGAGAUCACCGGGUUCUUGCUGGGCACAGCCUCCUGGCUGGUCACGGGCACUGCUCUGGCAAACGACUACUGGAAGGUGUCCUCAUUCUUUGGCAGCGUAAUCAUCUCAAACCGCCAAUAUGAGAACCUCUGGCACUCAUGUGCUGAGGACAGCUCUGGGAUUGCCGAAUGCCGAGACUUCGAAUCCUUGCUGGCCUUGCCACGCUUUAUGCUAGCAUGUCGAGCUCUGAUGAUCAUCUCCCUCCUCCUUGGCCUGUUCUCCAUGGUGAUAUCCAUCCUCGGACUCAAGUGCAUUAAAAUUGGUAGUGUGAGGGAAGAUACAAAGUCCAAAAUUGCCGUAACUGGUGGUAUUCUCUUCAUCCUGGCAAGUCUUUGCUCGAUGACCGCCAUCUCUUGGUAUGCUGCACGUGUUGUUCAAGACUUCAACAACCCCCUUUAUGGAGGCAUUAAGUUUGAGCUAGGUGCUGGUCUCUACAUGGGCUGGGCCGGAACCGGCUUGUCUAUUAUUGGAGGCUCACUGCUCUGCUGUUCCUGCAAUCAAUGGUCCAAAGGCCAAUCCAAAGGAGCAUACUAUCCACCUAGUCAGGCACAGAAGAUCCACAAACCUGUGUCAGAAUUGGAGACGGCGAGAGCCUACGUUUAAACUUCAAGAUUUUAUGAAAUAUAUGAGAUGUCCUUUACUGUUGUUACUCAGUUUUGUGUUUUAAUCCACAUAUUUUUUUUCUACGUUU